UCAAACAAACGGAGACCGCCGGCAAGGACUGCGCAUGUGCGAUGCGGACGCUGGGUAGGGGAACCAGCUGGGCACCCCGCGCGCGCGCGCGCACACGACGGCGCCCUCGCAGGGCGGGGUCGGACCCGGCGUGGGGCGGGGCGCCCAGGGGUAGGGGCGCGGGCCGGGCCGGGCCGGGCCGGGCCGGGAGCUUGAGGCCUGGCGCGCGGGCCGCGAGGGCGGCGGCCGGGGGGAGCCGAGAAGAGUUGAGAGGGUGAGGCAUCGGUCCAGCCCUCCGCCCCGCUGGCUCUAGGGAGCUGCCGCGGAGGUCCGUGGGGAGGCGGAGCUAUCGAGGUCUCUGGCCGCUGUCCUGGCAGCUGUCCCAGCUCUGCCUCGCAUGAGCUGCAGCCCGUCGGGAGAAUUCUGACAAGAAAGAAAGGGCGCUUGUUAUUUUUGUCACUGUAAUUAUCGAGGUGCAAAAAAAAGCUUUAAAGAAGUUAAAAUAUAGGCGACAGGCUCCCUGAAGUGUUGACCGCCCAACUUAAUCAUGAACGUGUUUCAAAAAUGUUAAUAAAUAAGCCAAGACCAUGGGGAAUUCAUAUGCUGGGCAACUGAAAUCUGCUCGAUUUGAGGAAGCUCUCCACAACUCCAUAGAAGCCUCGCUCAGAUGCAGUAGUGUGGUUCCACGACCAAUUUUUUCCCAGCUGUACUUGGAUCCUGACCAGCAUCCUUUCUCAUCUGCAGAUGUAAAACCCAAGGUGGAGGAUUUGGAUAAAGAUUUGGUACACCGCUACACUCAAAAUGGAAGUCUGGAUUUUUCUAACAAUCUAACAGUUAAUGAAAUGGAAGAUGACGAAGAUGAUGAAGAAAUGUCUGAUUCAAAUAGCCCACCAAUUCCCUAUUCACAAAAACCUGCCCCAGAAGGGUCUUGCACUACAGAUGGUUUUUGUCAAGCAGGAAAGGAUUUGCGUUUGGUAUCACUGUGUAUGGAACAAAUCGACAUCCCAGCAGGAUUCCUGCUGGUAGGAGCCAAGUCCCCCAAUCUUCCUGAACACAUCCUAGUUUGUGCUGUAGACAAGCGAUUCCUGCCAGAUGAUCAUGGAAAAAAUGCACUUUUAGGGUUUUCUGGAAACUGUAUUGGCUGUGGAGAAAGAGGAUUUCGGUAUUUCACAGAAUUUUCCAACCACAUUAACUUGAAGCUCACCACCCAGCCAAAGAAGCAGAAGCACUUAAAGUACUACCUAGUCAGAAGCUCCCAGGGUGUACUGUCAAAGGGACCUCUUAUCUGUUGGAAAGAAUGUAGAAGCCGACAAUCUUCUGCUACUUGCCACUCUAUUAAACCAAACGCUUCAUUGUCAUCAACUGUGACCCCAGAAAAUGGAACAAGUAAUGGGUACAAGUCAGGAUUCGUUCAGACAGAUUCACCGAUUCUCAGUCCAGCUAAUUCUGCAAUCAAUUUAAGUGGAGCUCAGGACCUGACCCGGAAUAAGAAUGUUGUGAAACCACUCGCUUUAUCUUUGCAGGUUGUAGGCAAGACUUUUGCUGCAGAUGCUGCUAAUGGAAACAGUAGCCAUGGGGGAAAGACCAGCACAUCCAGCUCCACUCCAGUCCACCCAGGGACUUACUCUUUGUCACCAGGACCUAGCUAUGCAUCAGGAGACCAAGCUACCAUGUUCAUUUCUGGGCCACCAAAGAAACGACACCGGGGAUGGUAUCCUGCUUCACCUGUCCCCCAACCUGGUUUGGUUGUACCUGUUCCUACAGUUCGACCUCUUGCAAGACCUGAGCCUCUUUUAUCUGCCCCAGUUCCACAGACUCCAUUAACUGGAAUUUUACAACCUCGGCCCAUUCCUGCAGGGGAAACUGUAAUUGUUCCCGAAAACCUGCUGAGUAACUCAGGAGUUAGACCGGUUAUUCUGAUAGGCUAUGGCACUUUACCCUAUUUCUAUGGAAAUGUUGGCGACAUUGUUGUGAGUCCUCUGCUGGUGAAUUGCUACAAGAUUCCACAGCUGGAAAACAAAGAUUUGGAACAAUUAGGGUUGACUGGCAGCCAACUCCUGAGCGUGGAAAAUUUGAUUCUUCUGACUAUUCAGUAUCUUGUGCGGCUGGGUCCGGAUCAGGUACCUCUCAGGGAAGAAUUUGAGCAAAUUAUGCUGAAAGCUAUGCAGGAAUUUACUCUGAGAGAGCGAGCCCUGCACAUGGGUGCUCAGUGUAUGCCUGUGUCACCAGGACAGCUCCCCUGGCUUGCCAGAUUAAUUGCCAGCGUAUCUCAAGACUUGGUACAUGUGAUUGUGACCCAGAACUCUUUGGCGGAGGGCAUUUCAGAGACAUUGAGGACUCUCAGUGAAAUGAGGCACUAUCAAAGGCUACCAGAUUAUGUUGUGACAAUUUGUGCAUCGAAAAUCAGAGGAAAUGAAUUUUGUGUGGUUGUGUUAGGUCAACAUCAGUCUAGAGCACUGGCAGAGAGUAUGCUCACCACGAGUGAGUUUUUGAAAGAAAUUAGUUAUGAGCUCAUCACAGGAAAGGUCAGUUUCCUGGCUUCACAUUUCAAAAACACGUCAUUAGGUGAUGACCUGGACAAGCUGCUAGAAAAAAUGCAACAAAGAAGAGGGGACAGUGUGAUCACUCCUUUCAAUGGAGACCUCAAUGAGUGUGUGUCACCCCAGGAGGCUGCUGCUAUGAUUCCCACGCAAAACCUGGAUUUAGAUAAUGAAGCCUUUCAAAUUUAUCAACCACAGCUCACAGUUGCCAGAAAGCUCUUAUCCCAGGUGUGUGCUAUUGCCGACAGCGGCAGCCAGAGCCUGGACCUCGGCCACUUCAGCAAAGUGGACUUCAUCAUCAUCGUCCCACGAUCGGAGGUUCUGGUUCAGCAAACUCUUCAACGGAUUCGACAAUCAGGUGUCCUUGUAGACUUGGGUCUGGAGGAAAAUGGAACGGCUCAUCAGAGAGCAGAGAAAUAUGUUGUCCGUCUAGACAGUGAGAUUCAAACCAAGUUUGAAGUUUUUAUGAGAAGGGUGAAACAGAACCCGUACACACUGUUUGUGCUAGUUCAUGACAACUCCCAUGUGGAGCUAACGAGUGUCAUUUCAGGCUCUUUGUCACACAGUGAGCCCAGUCAUGGAUUGGCUGAUAGAGUCAUUAAUUGUAAAGAAGUCCUGGAAGCUUUCAACCUCCUGGUGCUCCAGGUGAGCUCCUGCCCGUACACUCUCCAGACCCAGCAGUCCCGAAUCAGCUCCAGCAAUGAGGUGCACUGGAUACAUCUGGACAACAUGGAGGACGCGGGCUGUGAGAAGCUGUACUUCGGCUUGAACGAGUACAGCAAGUCUCUGCAGUGGGGAAUCACGAGUCCGCUUCUGAGAUGUGACCAGACUUUUGAAAAAAUGGUGAACACGCUCCUGGAGAGGUACCCCCGGCUGCAUAGCAUGGUCGUCCGCUGCUAUCUGCUCAUCCAGCAGUACUCCGAGGCGCUGAUGGCACUCACCGCCAUGGCGUCCCUCCGAGACCACAGCACACCUGAAACGCUCAGCAUUAUGGAUGACCUCCUCAGCUCCCCGGGAAAAAACACGAGCGGGAGGGGACACAUGCUCAUCAUCAGGGUGCCCUCGGUGCAGCUGGCGAUGCUGGCCAAGGAGCGGCUGCAGGAGGUGCGCGACAAGCUGGGGCUGCAGUACCGCUUUGAGAUCCUCCUCGGGAGCCCUGCCGCCGAACUCAGCGUUGCGACUCACUUUGUGGCGCGACUGAAGACUUGGAGAGGAAAUGAGCAAGAAGAAUGGAUCCCUCGGACUUAUCAAGAUUUAGAAGGUCUGCCUUGUAUAGUGAUAUUAACUGGCAAAGAUCCUCUUGGAGAAACCUUUCCCAGGUCUUUAAAGUACUGUGACCUCCGGUUAAUUGAUUCAAGCUAUUUAACCCGCACGGCCUUGGAGCAGGAGGUAGGGUUGGCAUGCUGCUAUGUCUCCAAGGAGGUCCUCCGGGGGCCCACGGCGGCCCUGGAUCUCAGCGGGAAGGAGCAGGAGCGAGCCCCUGUCAGCGAGAAUGACCCAGAUGAGCUGCCCAUUGACCUGGAGAGGCCCCAGAGCGCCAGCAGUGCUGUCACUGGAACCUCGGGCUCCAUCAUGGAGAAUGGGGUGAGCUCUUCCAGCACAGCUGACAAGUCCCAGAAGCAGUCCCUGAUCCCCAGCUUCCACAGCCCAGCCAACAGCGUGGGGCUGGACGAAGGGAUCUUGGCUGGCACACCAGCAGCUGGAGAGACUCUAAAACAGGAAUGCGAUUCCCUGGACCCCCUCAUGGCAAGCAGCACCACCUCCAAGCCUUCGUCGUCCUCGUCGGGGCCCCGCACCCUGGUGUGGCCAGGACCGCCUGUCCGAGGCUGCAGGGGUCAGCUUGUGGCCCUGCCUCCAGUUGUGAUCCUCUCCAAAGCAGCCUACAGCCUCCUGGGCUCCCAAAAGAGUGGGAAGCUGCCACCCGCCUCGUCUCUGCUGCCCCAUGCAGAUGUGGCCUGGGUGAGCUCCCUGCGGCCGCUUCUGCACAGGGACAUGAGCAGCGAGGAACAGUCUCUCUUCUACCGCCAGUGGACCACAGCCCGCCAGCACCACGCCGACUACAGCAAUCAGCCCGACCCCGCUGCUGGCGUCCGCAGCGUCCACCCCCGGCGGCUGCUGCUGACUGGGCCCCCCCAGGUGGGAAAGACAGGCUCCUAUUUACAGUUCCUUAGGAUCCUUUUCCGCAUGCUCAUCCGGCUCUUGGAGGUGGACGUGUAUGACGAGGAGGAAAUCAACACUGAUCACGGGGAAGGUGAUGAAGUAAGGCAGGCAGAGGCAGAGCCCUGGCCUGACAUCGAGAGCUUCAGUAAGAUGCCUUUUGACCUCAGUGUGCACGAUCCCAAGUACAGUGUGAUGAGCUUGGUGUAUACUGAAAAGUUGGCAGAGGUCAAACAAGAAGCAAUAAAGGAAUCCCAAGUUGAAGAGUCUAAGAAACGAGAAACCGUGUCCAUGAUGCUGACCAAAUACGCAGCCUACAACACCUUCCACCACUGUGAGCAGUGCCACCAGUACAUGGACUUCACCUCCGCCUCCCAGAUGUCUGACUCAACCCUUCAUGCAUUCACGUUCUCUUCUUCUAUGCUGGGAGAAGAAGUUCAGCUCUACUUCAUCAUUCCCAAAUCCAAAGAGAGUCAUUUUGUCUUCAGCAAGCAGGGCAAACAUCUGGAAAGCAUGCGGUUGCCCCUGGUUUCAGACAAGCAGAAUUUGAAUGCAGUCAAGAGCCCUAUUUUCACUCCUUCUAGCGGUCGCCACGAGCAUGGACUUCUAAACCUCUUCCACGCCAUGGAGGGCAUCAGCCACCUUCACCUUCUGGUGGUGAAAGAAUAUGAGAUGCCGCUGUACCGCAAGUACUGGCCCAACCACAUCAUGCUGGUGCUUCCCGGCAUGUUCAAUAAUGCAGGCGUGGGUGCUGCCAGGUUCCUCAUUAAGGAGUUGUCCUAUCACAACCUAGAACUGGAGAGGAACCGCCUUGAGGAGCUGGGAGUUAAACGCCAAUGUGUCUGGCCUUUCAUUGUUGUGAUGGACGACUCGUGUGUCCUGUGGAACAUUCACAGUGUUCAAGAGCAGACCAGCCAGCCCAUGGAAGCAGGAGUGUCCAGUAAGAAUGUGUCAUUGAAGAGUGUCUUGCAGCAUAUUGAAGCCACACCAAAAAUUGUUCACUAUGCAAUACUGGGCAUACAGAAGUGGAGCAGCAAGCUGCAUUCUCACAGUCUGAAAGCUCCAUUCUCUAGGUGCCAUGUGCAUGACUUCAUCCUCCUCAACAUAGACUUGACCCAGAAUGUGCAGUAUGACUUCAACAGGUAUUUCUGUGAAGAUGUGGACUUUAACCUAAGAACAAAUAGUAGUGGCCUGCUCAUAUGCCGUUUUAAUAACUUCAGUCUCAUGAAGAAACAUGUCCAGGUUGGAGGGCAAAGGGACUUUGUCAUUAAACCGAAGAUUGUGGUGUCAGAGAGCUUAGCACCCAUCCUGCCCCUUCAGUAUGUCUGUGCUCCAGACAGUGAACACACAUUACUGGCAGCCCCUGCACAGUUUCUCUUGGAGAAGUUCCUUCAGCACGCCUCAUACAAACUCUUCCCCAAAGCCAUCCAGAACUUCAAGAGUCCCGUGUUGGCCAUUGACUGCUACCUUAACAUUGGACCUGAGGUGGCCAUCUGCUAUGUUAGCUCCAGACCACACUCCAGCAAUGUGAAUUGCGAAGGGGUGCUUUUCAGUGGACUCCUUCUGUACCUCUGUGACUCUUUCGUAGGUGCUGAUCUUCUAAAGAAAUUUAAGUUUCUAAAAGGUGCUACCCUGUGUGUCAUCUGCCAAGACAGAAGCUCCUUACGUCAAACCAUUGUCCGCUUAGAGUUAGAAGAUGAAUGGCAGUUCCGCCUCCGGGACGAGUUUCAAACUGCUAACAGCAGUGAUGACAAGCCUCUCUACUUUCUUACUGGUCGCCAUGUAUGAGCUUUUAAAGAGAUAUUGCAAAGGGAUGCCCAGGUCGGGUGGGGCAGAAACAAUUUGGGAUAUUUUUUUUCUUUCAAGUACAAUCACUGUGGAGCCAAGUGCAACAUAUUUGUCUAUUCUCCAAAGAACUCCCCAAAUCUGACCCAGAUCUUUGGGGGCAUCAUUCUUCUUUAGUUCCAAUGUCAGGACCUUGAAUUCAGGUUAACUCCACCCUAGGAAGUUAUGCAAUGACUUAAGAUAUGGCCUGCCCACAGGAUCCUAAAGAGGAUAUACUUUGGAGAACAAAGAUGGAGUUUGCAUUGUUUUUUUUUCUACUACACUAUGUUGGGGGAAAACUGACUUUCAUCAUUAGCUAGCCUGAAUGUGUUACACGAGACUCACACCAUUGGUGUGGGAACUGAAGAUUAACGUUGAGGCCUGAAUCCUCAGUUUCUCUUCAGAUCUGUACUUUGGUACAGUAUUACUCAGGGGUCUGAAAUGAUAGAAUGUAGAGAUAUUUGUAUUUAAAAAAAAAAAGUAGUAGAUAUGUCUGUCUCUGUGCAGUGUUAGUUUAAGAUUUAUAAUCUUGUAUGUAUUGAAACUUUCGGCAAAAUUUCCACAGGAGUUAAAAGUUUACUAUUUAAACUGAACAAAGAAAUCAGUAAAUGUGGGGCAGGCAUUAUGUGUGUUUAUGCAGCUUCUCCUAGUUUAAUUCCUUUGCUUUUCCCAUUCAAAUCUUUAAAAAUGUAUCCAGUCUUUAAGCAUACCAUGACUAUGAGAAUUCAGAACCGUGACUGAUCUUCUUGUGCAAGGAGAACCUGUAGCUGAGCCAAUUAACAGUUUUCAGCAGAUACUGUACAUCCACUCUGGUUAGUUGGAAUUAAGUAGUUGGCACCAGCAAAGCUAAAUGUCGGGCUGAUGUUUUGUGUGGAGUGGACCUAGUUUAUUUCCUUUCAGGAACUCAAGCAAAGCUUACUUUAAAAGGUACACUGACUAUCAGGUUCCUUACACUGAGAGCAACAAAGAAAUUGCUGAAAUGGGAACCAGGAAAUAGGGCCAUAGAAAAAAAGAGAGAACUGUUUUUAUUUAAUCUAACUAGUGAUUCUUUUCUGAUGCGUAAGGAAGAUUUUAUUAAGAGACUUUCUGACUCAUUAGCAGGAGUGUUUUCCAAAGUCAGCAGUAGGAAGCAUAAAUUUAUACAGACUCCUCACCAUAUCCUUCAAUUUAAGAAAAAGAAUUUUUAAAACGCCCUAGAACAAACUAAGUCUACUGGAAAUUUAUUCUUAAAUUACUCCAGUUCUCAUCAUUAAACAAUCCUUUGGGAUAUUUUCUCAUCAGCCCAUUGUAUCACUUAUCCCCACUUAACAUGGCCAUUUUUACUUGAAUCUAUGACUUGUUCAUGACCUGAAACUACUGAGACAGGCCUACUAAGCCUGCAUUUACUUAGAACAAAUAGUGUUAGCCAGCUUUAUCUUGUGAUGAUAAGUUUACAGCUAGUGAAAAGAUGGAAUGCAUUAGUCUGAAAAUGGCUUACAGAUCUCUUGGUUUUACUGUAGCUAAUUAUGAUCCUUUAAAUAUAUUUUGAAAUGAACAAUUUCUUUUAACCCCAUUUUUAAUUGUCCUUCAAAGAGGACCUUUCCUUAUAUAUACUUUAAAAAUACUCCCUAAUUUUAGUACAGCAGAAUUUUUGGCAGAGUUACACUUUGAAGGAGGCUGGUUUAGAUAUGAAUGUAUUUCAAUUGUUCCUGUUUUGCUGGAAGGGCCUAAAGUGGACCAUUAUCAAAUAACCCACUGUUUGUGCAAUAUUCCAGUAACUUUCACUAUAUAGGGCAAAUAAAAUACUUGAUCCAAUUCUGAACAGUUUUACCUGGGGCCCAUGGCCUCUUGGGUUUCUUCUGGCUUUGACUUCAUAGUCCAAAGAACCAUUUUUUUAAAGUAGUUACAGCUGCACUCUGAAAAUUCAAAUGAUUGUAUCCUCUUAAGUACUAUUUAACUCUUUGGAAGAGAAAACGCCAGAAUAAAGCCAGAAUCAGACCAUCAUCCCAAUGAUGGAUAAAUUCAAAUUGACCUGCCUUUUCUUUUCAAAGCCUGUCUUACUAAGGUUUGUAUCAUUUAAUAUCACCUUAUCAGUAUAAUUCUUUAGAGAAUGUUAGGUCCUUCUCCUUUAAGGAUUUUAAAUUGCACAAGCACAGGACACCAUGAUUUGUUAAUAUAUAUUUUGGUGUGUUCAGCUUUAAGCCUUGCCAUCCCUUAGAAGACUGAUGUGGUAUGAAUGUAUUAAAUUGACCAGCAUAAUUUACAUAAAGACCUAUUGAAUCUUGGCAUGUAUGACAGUUCACACAGGUUAAUACUGAAUGUAAACUAAAAAUUAUGAGAUUGUAUGCAAACAUUCUUGGCUGUAAUUUAUGCAAUUGCUUUUUGUGAUUUUUAGAAAAAGGGUACCUGUGUUACUUUACUACUGUAACAUUUUCUUAACCAAAAUUUGGUGAAUUUCACUAGUCAGUCUACCUCACAUUUUGUUUAUGAUUUUAAAUUGUCCUAAGUUGUGUCUACAAUGUUAUUGUCCUUUAAUUUGGUGAAUGUAUUAAAAUUCCCCUCCCACCAAAAAGAAAAAAAAAAGUUCAAUUUCUUGACUAUCUGGAAUGUUAAAAAAUGGAAUAAGCUCCCUGACUCUGGGAAAGUCCAAGAAAUGCUGUAAAGUCUGUAUAUCAUAGGCUGGAUGACACUGAGGGUCCUAGCAACUCUUAUCUACUAUUCUGAGAUAACAGCCCAAGAAAGUGCUAAAUAAAUAUUUGUUGAA